UAAAUGAACUGAAAGAGCAUGAAGUGGGAGAUAUGUCUGCUUUGAAAAAUGAUAUAGAAUCUUUAAAGAAUGCUGUUUGUAAUAUUGACAAAUCAGUUGAUGAGCUGAAAGGUGUUGUUGGUACCAUUCUUCCAAAUGUUGUGGGAGAGCUGAAAGGUGUUUUUGGUAGUAAUACGAUGACAAACGCUUUGGGGGACCUGAAAGAGGAAUUUUUCAAAGUGAUAAAUGAACUGAAAGAGCCAUAUGUCAAGGAAGAUCUAGUUGCUUCUUCAUGUCAGAUAUUAAGCGAAGAUGACGUUGAGCCACCAAAUAUCGAGGUCAAGGCUAGGGAACCUAGCACCAAAAAAACAAUUAUAAAGAAGGAGCCCUCAUCGAAUGAUAUUAGUCCAAAGAAUCUUCGACGCACUGUUGAAAGAAAGCCUGGCCAUCAAAUCUCAAGUCCAUUUGUGCAUUUAGGGAAGUUGGAAGUGAUGGGGAAUAAAAUAGAUCUUUUAACUGCAAAACUUAUGGAGGAUAAGCCAAGAAAGCUGCAAGAUAUUGGUCCUUUCACAGGGUGUCGUGAUCUUUAUGAUGACGACGUAUAUUUGAUUGCGUUUGUAUUUCUGGAAAAGGAAGAUCUAGAUUUCAGAAUUUUUCAAACUGAUUAUGAACAUCUUGACCGUUUGGCAAUGAAAUGCCUAGAGCCGGGGGGACUUGUUACCUCCCAGAUUAUAAAUGCAGCAGUUAGUCUUCUCAGGGAUCCAGAGUCAUCUACUUGGUAUUACACUACAUGCUUUUCGGAUAGAGCAAUUAACGCUGCCAAGAAAGGAGGUAAUGAUUUGUUAGAAUUUGCUGCCACGGCACCAAAGAGAUUUGCCUCUAUAUUACAAUAUCGAAAAGGCCUUAAGAAUGGAGAAAAGAUAUUUAUCCCUAUCCUGGAUCCAGAUACUACCCCAAACCACUGGUUCUUCAUUGUGAUUAAAUUAGCGAGAACGGAUGUAGAGAUAUGGGACACUUACCCGAACCCUGCACGCACUAUGGCUCGAAAUGAUCUUGUUUAUUAUGUGCUUUUGGCAUUGGACACAAUAUUUGACACUGAAAUCCAAAGCUGUUUCAAGAAAGGAUGGUCGUUAUGUUCAUUCACAGUUUUCAAUGUAGAUGACAUUCACAUUCAACAAAACAACUUCGAUUGUGGCAUUUUCAUGCUCAGAUACAUAAUAAACUAUGAUAAUCCAUUGAAAGAUGAGUUAGAUUCCGUAAAUCGUCGUGUGCAACUUGCCCUUUGGAUGUUGAAGCACCCAAAGAACCAAGCAUGGGUGAAAAUUAAUGAGGCUUUAGAUAAUGAAAACAAAAAUGAUGGUGCCAAGAACAAGAUCAAGACAAUAGAAGCAAUUGAUGAAGCUACUGGAAAUAGUGUUGAUCAACAUCAUGGCAAGAGCUGUUCAAAAGUCGUGCAGAGAAAAACCUCAACACUACAAGCAAGGGGUCGUGGUCGCCCUCGUGGUGCAAAGAAUAAAAACUCUCGAAAAUAAAUCAAAACAUGAACAAUUUGUUUUAACAGAAUCUUUAUGAGAUUGUCAAAUGUUUGUUUCUUUUCACAAUCAACUUUAGGAUAAAACCCAAAUCGGAACAUUCUACCUAAAUCAUGAGUGCAAAUCUCUAAGUU